AGCAUACCGCAAGAUAUGUAUAUGGAUUGGGAAAGUUUAAACAAUGUGAUGUCAUCUCAAGAAAUCUUUAAAGAGGAACCGAUUUUUGAAAAGUCUAAAAUUUUCAUCCCGGAUCUGGAAAAUUUGGAUGAUGAGAAAUAUUCACCAAAAGUAAUG